CAAAAAGAAAUGAGAUCACCAGAGAGCCAAAUUCCUCUCCGUGGAAGUAGUUGAGGACCAAAUUUAUGCUAAGGUUGAUGGCUUUAUGUUCCAAGAACGUUAAACGGGCUGCAAAGAAGCUGAAAGCCUUGCUGAGUGACAUCGCCGCUAAGUCACCAAGGUUCCAUUUACCGACCAAGUCGACGCUCAGGACGAUGAAGCCGAAGAAGCUGCUGAAAACCAUCAGCAACAAGGUGAUCAUGUUUGCGCACAAGAAGAAGAAGGGCGAGAGCGACGGAGAGGAGGAGUUCGGGGACAGUGGGGUGUGGACUUGUGGCAGAGGGAGAUCAUGUUGGGGGACAAAUGUCAGUCGUUGGAUUUCUCCAAGGUGAUAUAUUAUAUCGGAAAGUCGCUCGACGAGAUCCCAGUCCGCUCCCCACAGACCAACUCUAACCCCAUGCCGACGUAUCUCGCCAAGGCCCAAAAAACCGACCUCUAAUUAGACCACCAGCUCUGUUAUCAUUUUUUUUUCCCUGCGCCAUUUCCUUCGUAGCUUGCUUGAUGAUUACAAUAAAGAAGACAGAAAAAUAAAGGGUAUGCAUGAAA